AUGACAGAGAGUACGAACCGCGAUCCAGACGUCCCUCUUGCGCAGCCACCAAGCUACCAGGCCUCAGCAUCGUCGACCCCGGGAGCCACGGGGACCAACGUGCAAAACCACUCCCGUGUGGCGGCUGCAACACGCUCAGCAGACACACAGAAGCCUCAAUUAGAUACUACCUCGGAUAAAUCCACGGCAGCAUUCAUUCGGCGCACUCUCUGCUCCCACAAUGUGCUACUUGGCAAUGGCGAGAAAGGACGCAGUACACCUCGUCCUAUUGAAGACGUAUUGCCACCCUUGACGAGCUCAAACGAGGUCGACCUUCAACUAUACGGCAUCAUCUCUGUUAUCAUCAAGGAGUUUGUACAGACGUGGUACUCGAAGAUAACUCCCGAUCAAGUAUUUGUCAACGAAGUGAUCCAGAUUAUCGCUCAUUGUACGCGAGGUCUGGAGCAGCGCCUCAGGAAAGUCGAUCUCGAAUCACUAUUGCUAGAUGAGAUACCUGAGCUACUCCAAGCCCACCUGACCUGCGAAAUAUUCGCAGAGAUGAUCCUUGGAAACGGCAUUAGCGGAAAAGCCUGUGAAGGAUGGGUGCUCUGGGAGGGCAUCACAAGAAUAGCUGAGGUUUUACAGACCGAUGCUGCGAAAGAGAAGGACUUCCAAUCGGACGAUGCCGAUGCGGAGCAGUCGUUAACCCGUCUUGAGCGUUACGGGCUGCUGUCCACGCAUCAAGGGUCAGAAAUUAGUCCAAAAGGGCCACUGGACGCCGGCCAGCGUCGUCACAAGACGUCGGCCUUAUACAUCUCGGGUAUACUCUGGGCGAUCAUCCAAUACGCUUUUUUGGCGUUUACUGCGGUGCGCGCGGUGGUCUUGAGUCUUGCGACAUUAUCUUCCCUUCCGUUGAGAUCUGCCACAACCGAGCAGUCAUCUGCAGAAGCAGCCAAUCAAUCGCAAGCACUGGAAGCGGAAAAGAUGGCUUCCAGGCGCCCGUUGGAGGCCAAACGGCCUGUAGUAAGCAUGAGCCUGUGGAGCUGUGUAGCGCAACUUGCCGAGUUAGACGUCCGCAUGCCUUGGCUGUUGGGCUUCAUCUCCAUGCUCCAUCGUGGAGCACUGCUCGGCCCAGGUAGGGUGGGUGAAACCAAUGGUGUAUUGGACAGGUAA